AUGGCAUCAUCGAUCCUCGACCAUUUCCGUCUCAACACCGACGAGGGCUGGCUCCCAGCCUGGCUACUACUCACAUCCAUAAUCUCCACCGCAAACUCGAUUCAGUCCUACCGCAGCCCCCUGUACCACUCCCAAAUUUUCAUCGGCUCGCGUACCACCAACAAUAAAUCCCCUUCCACACCACUCGCAGCACGCACAUUCGGUACCUGGACAUUCCUGUCUGCAGUGGUGCGCGCCUACGCGGCAUACAACAUCCACAAUUCCGUGGCAUACGACAUUGCGAUUUGGACGUAUGGGAUUGCGCUAGCACAUUUUGCGUCGGAAUGGUUUGUGUAUGGGUCUGCGGAGUUUAGGGGACGGAUUGUGUGGCCGUUCUUGUUUGCGUCGGGGGCGUUGUUGUGGAUGGGCUCGGAGAGGGGGKAUUAUCUUGCUUGA